UCUCACUCGCUCACGCUGCUCACCUCGUCGUGCUAUACAUUCUUCAUCAACAACACCCGUCAUUCGCUUCAUCCGCCCGUUUUCGAUCGCACCCGUGCUUCAGUCACUCGCUUGUCGAUCUCCGCGCUCUCGAAGCAGCCACGACCGUCCGAUCACCGCCGACCGUUGAGCGACUACCAGACGGGAGAGCACGAGGGGAGACGCGGCUUGCAGAAAACACCAAGACUCACCGCACCACAACAUCGACCCUGCCACGCACGCACGGCUGGCCAGCUGCGAGUCGCCUUUUGAAUAUUCAUCGACUGUAAUAUCAUCACCAUGCGCCCUUCCGAGGUGCUGGCAUCCCUGCUGCUCGUGUCUACAGCAUGCGCGAGCAAGGCUGGCUGGGCGCCCAUUGAGGCUCUGAACGGCAUGAACGACAUCGACGCGCUUUUUCCCCGACAAGAGAACAACGAUAACAACGACAACAACGACAAUGGCGGCAGGACGUCCUUCGACUUGUCAUUCAGCGCCACCCAGGGCAACACUGCCACCACCGAGCCCACAGGCACGCGAUCUGGCGACGAAAGCGCCACCACUACAGGUGGAGACAGCAAAACAACCGGUGACUCGAACGAUGAUGACGAGAAGGAGACUGGCACAAACCCGGGCAAGGAGACUGGCACGGGGACAAAGAAGGGAGGCUCAUCGACCAAGACAUUCGAUGCACGUCUUCCAGCAGGUGGUGUGUCCAUGAUUACGCCGAACCCGAUGACAACACAAUAUUACAAGAUCAAGGACUACAUCACAUUCGCCUGGAACUAUACUUCGCUAUCUGUGACUCCCUCCGCUAUUGACGUCCUCGCAUCAUGCAGCAAGAACCAGCAGACGUACACUUUGGCCAUGAACUUGACUGUGGAGGAGACUCAAAGUUUCACUUGGGAUACCGGCGCCUUCCAAGCCAGCGCCACCGUGCCUCUGCUUACCGAGACCUACACACUUAUCAUUCACGAUGCUGCCAAAGAUGUCACGGAUCGAGCACAGGCUGGCUAUUUGGGAACAUACGACCAGUUCACCUUUGGAAUGUACAGCCCACAGCCAUACACGCCCAUGGCCGACUACGUGUGCGCAACAUGCAAUGGAGCCUCAAGUCUCGAGAAGCAGACCUGGAUAGCCCUCCUCGGCAUGGUGGGCGUAACUGUCGUGACCUUUGGCUGGUUCACCGGUCUUGCUGGUUUGUGGUGAUCGAACAAGCAGAGCGAGUAUCAGCAAGAACAAACAGAAAAUUUAUCGUGCACGAGACGAGAGCUAUGACCAGGACUACGGACCUUCCUUGUAUAAAAAAGCAUUGCGACUGGCGUUGAUUUCACUUUGGAUGGCUGGGAAUGUGGGCUUAUCAUUGGAGAUAUAGGAGCUUCCUGGGGAAAGGAAGCAAAGUGCACUCCUUAUGCAGCAGUAGGGUUCCAAGAGACAAAAAAUGGCUGUGACAGGAAGCAAGAGUACAUAAUUCUCGCGUACAGGUAUAAUGUGAUUCAUGAGCACUGUAUCUUUCCCACGAAAUGCCAUUUGUA